UUUCAGAUACGAACUGAACCGGCGAUCUCGACGUGUUUCUUUUCGUAGGUCGCCCGGAAUGAGAGGAGCAAGCGGCUAAACGCGCUGGCGCAGGACACACUUGGUACGGUGGUGAAGGAGCCUGUACAGACGGUUGCAUCUGCCAUGGGCGCCCGCGACAAGGAGGGCGUGGUUGUUGCAGUGGAUCAUGGCACUCGAUUGGGACAUGGUGUAGUUAGUCGGCAAAUUGUUGAUCGGAGAAGUGGUUCAGAUAGAUCAAGUGAAUCCACGGUCAGCAAGGAUAAGAUACUGUGGAAUGGAGAAGAGAUGCAGGAGAUGGAGUCAGAGGAUGCAGUUAAGAGAGAGCACGGUCAUGAUGUUGCCAUUACAGGCAAACAGGGUGUUGUACAGUUGGGAAAAGAGAGUGGCCGUGUCAGUGAUGUUGAAGCAAUGCAUCACAAAGCUGCUGCAGUGCACAACAAUCCUAAUGUUUCAUUGAAAAAGGAAAUUUCUGCUGAUAGAUCAUCUGAGCAAUUUAGAGGCGACACCUCAAGAGAGCGUGAUGCAGAGGCAGCUAGCAGUAGUACUAGUCAUAAUGCAAGUCAGCCAGAUGCUAUGGUACGUGCCAUCAAGAACCAACUAAGAACAGCAAAAACAUAUAUUGGGCUCCUACCUUCUAGAGGCCGUCAUGCUUUUGUUAGAGAUCUCCGAAGAAAGAUGAGGGAUAUCCAACAAGCACUUGGUGAUGCAACAAGUGAUAAGCGGUUACCAAAGAAUGUCCAUGGAAAAAUUAGAGCAAUGGAGUUGACAUUAGCAAAGAUCAAACAAGUACAUGAUAACUGUGCAGCUAUUAUUGAUAAGCUACUAUCAACCCUUCAUUCAACUGAAGAUCAAGUUCAAGCUCAAAAGCAAAAGGCUAACUAUGUAGCACAAAUAGCAGCUAAGGCUAUUCCAAAAAGGCUCUAUUGUCUUGCACUGCGUCUUACAAAUGAGUAUUAUUCUUCCAGCACCAACAAAAAGCAGUUUCCAUAUGAAGAAAAGUUUGAAGAUCCAAAGCUACAGCACUAUGCCUUAUUCUCAGAUAAUGUACUGGCAGCUGCAGUGGUUGUGAACUCAACUAUUAUAAAUGCUAAGAAUCCAGCAAGCCAUGUCUUCCAUAUCGUGACGGACAAACAAAAUUAUGCUGCAAUGAGAAUGUGGUUUUUGGCAAAUCCCAUUGGAGAAACUGCUGUUCAGGUCCAGAACAUUGCCGACUUUACAUGGCUAAAUUCGAGCUACAGUCCAGUUCUGAAGCAGCUGGAGUCUCAUUUCAUGAUCAACUACUACUUCAAUACCAAUCAGGAUAAGCCGGGUAAAAAUCCGAAGUUCCAGAAUCCCAAGUACCUGUCCAUUCUCAACCAUCUGAGGUUUUAUCUUCCUGAGAUCUUCCCGAAGCUGAGCAGGGUUUUAUUUCUUGAUGAUGAUAUUAUUGUCCAGAAGGAUUUAAGUUAUCUUUGGUCUAUAGAUCUCAAGGGCAAAGUUAACGGAGCUGUCCAUACCUGUGGAGAGACUUUCCAUAGGUUUGAUAGGUACCUCAACUUCUCAAAUCCUCUAAUCGCUAAGAAGUUUGAUCGUCGUGCCUGUGGCUGGGCAUAUGGCAUGAACAUGUUUGAUUUGUCUGAAUGGAGGAAGCAGAAUAUUACUGGUGUCUACCACUACUGGCAGAAUCUGAACGCAGACAGGCAAUUAUGGAAAUUAGGAACACUUCCUGCUGGUCUUGUCACAUUCUGGAACCACACAUUCCCCCUCGAUCGCUCAUGGCAUCUCUUGGGUCUAGGGUACAAGCCGAACGUCAACCAAAGGGAUAUCGAGCGCGCGGCUGUUAUACACUACAACGGGAAUCGAAAACCUUGGCUUGAGAUUGGACUGCCAGUAUACCGCCAAUUCUGGUCCAAGUAUGUAAAUUUUAAUAAUGUUUAUCUACGAGAGUGCAACAUAAACCCGUGAGAUACUGCUUUUAGCACUGUAGAGUACUAGUUUUUUUUUUGUAUCGAUGUAUAAUAAGUGAUGUAGAGCGCCUAUUUUUGUUGGUCAACAUAAACCCAAAAAUCAUAGUGCAAGUCGUAGCAGGAUGUAGAAUAAUAAGAUAUCUGAUAGAGUUCUGUUGAGCUGUUUUGAUCCUUUUGGUCCAACCCUACUAAAGGAGUGACGGUAAUGCUGCUGUCAUGGGGAUGUCAAAGUUGUCUAACUAGUGAGUAUGUAUUGUGUAGCAGUGUAGAGGGUAACAAAAGUAGCUCUGCUUUCAUCUGUAAUUUUUUUUCCUAACAAAAAUCAAGCAGAUGUCACGGCCG